GUACAGCAGCAGCUGUCUCAUCCACCUGGGAUUUGAACACAACACUCUGGUCUAGAGCCCUUUUUUUCAUACAAUCAGCGAAGAAAAAUUGUAGUAAUUUAAAUUUUAUGUGUGCCCUAUAAAUGGUAAAGCGGAAGAAUUGGGCCAACAUAAUUUUACCAUGGAAAAUAGUUUCAAUUAAUCUUGAAAGACUGGUUGUAAGUAAAAGCAAAACAACAGCUUCUGACAAACAGGUUUGUGGAUUUGUCACAUUUCCCAUAAAAAUACAUAUAGCAAGCUAUAAAAACGAAAUGCGGAACAUAUUUUUCACACAAGUCUUCAGAAAGUGCAUCGAGUCACAGAGACAUUCUGCUUCUUUUCCUAAUCUCAAGACAAGCAUCCACAAGUAGAGGGAAAUGGAGACAGUGGGGAAAUUUGAGUACAGCAUGAAAGAUGUCCUAGGACAAGGUGCAUUUGGUAUGGUAUUUAAGGGAAGGCACAAAGAGAAAAACGGUGAAGUUGCCAUCAAAUGUAUACACACGAAAAACCUCUCUUUUGAUCAAACUUACUGGACACAGUUAGACAGGGAGAUACAGAUUUUAAAGGGGCUGAAACAUGACAAUUUUGUGAGAUUGUAUGAUUUCCAGAAAACAUCUAGUUGUGUCUAUCUGGUGAUGGAGUACUGCAAUGGAGGGGAUCUGGCAGACUACCUGAAAUCCAAAGGGCCCCUAAAUGAGGACACAAUCCGUCUGUUCCUGCAGCAGAUCACAUCUGCCAUGAAGGUGCUGCAGAGCAAGGGAGUCAUCCACCGAGACCUCAAACCACAGAACAUCCUGCUGGCCCUUACAGGAGGGGACAAAUCCAACCCCAGAAACAUUCGCUUGAAGAUUGCCGACUUUGGGUUAGCCAGAUUCCAGCCAACCAAUAUGAUGGCACUUACAAUGUGUGGUACUCCUCUGUACAUGGCUCCUGAAGUUAUAAUGGCCAAGACCUAUGAUGCAAAAGUUGAUCUAUGGAGUAUAGGAAUCAUAGUGUACCAAUGUCUGACUGGCCAGGUCCCAUUUCAGGCUAGCAACCCUCAAGAGCUCUGUCGCCUCUUUGAGAAACACAAGAACUCGACUCCCAACAUCCCACAGGGGAUCUCCACUCACUUGCGCCACCUACUGUGCGGGCUGUUGCAGUGCAAUCCUAAAAAUCGCAUUGAAUUUGAUACAUUUUUCAGACACCCUUUCCUCAGAGUGAGCUCACCCAAGAAAAAUUCAAAAGAAGCUGCCAUUCAAAGUCGACAGGCUCCAGAGCCAAAGACCAGAGCUGACUUUUUAAAAUAUUACUGUCGUCUCACACUGGACCCCAACACAGCGAAUAGAGAGCUCUGUCUGUCUGAAGGGAACAGAAAGGUAACACGACGGAGAGAGGUCCAGCCAUAUCCUGAUCACCCAGAUAGAUUUGACAUCUUGUACCAAGUGCUUUGCAAAGAGGGUUUGUCUGGGUCUCCCUGCUACUGGGAGAUUGAGUGGAGUGGCAGGGAGGGGGUAGAUAUAGGAGUCGCAUAUAAAGGAAUCGACCCGAAAGGAGAGGAUAUUUCCUUUCAGCUUGGACACAAUAAUAAGUCCUGGAAAUUGUUCUGCUGUGAUUCCAGGUACUCUGCCUGGCAGAAUAACAAUGUAUCUGAAGUAAAAUUAUUCCGCUCCCCCAGAAUAGGGGUGUAUCUGGACUUUACUGCUGGCACGCUAUCAUUUUAUGAAGUCUCUGGAGACAAAAUGACCCCCCUGCACAGAUUCCAAACCACAUUUACUGAGAAACUCUAUCCUGGGUUUUAUAUUCAUUCUGAUUCCAGUGUAACAAUCUGCAAGCUGAAGUAACCGUCUGUUUAGUGUUUGAAUGAAGAGGUUCAUUUCUGAGUGAAUUUCUGUUGACUUUCUUUUUUCUGCAUAGCAAUGGCCUUCAGUAGAAGGUUGCUGGACUCUCAAGCUUAGUAAAACUGUCUCCCACAAUAAGAAUGUGUACUCACUUCCACAGCAUCUUCUUAUCACAAGGACUGGUGUCUGCUAGUUUGUAACUUAUCUUGAGGAAGAAGUUUUGAAGUCACAACACUCUUCGUCUUGCAGAACUUUCUGUUCAAACCUGUGAUGUGCUUUUAGUACACACCUAUUCUUUGCUUAGUAUCACCACUAACAUGUUUAUAUAUGCUUGUAUUUGUAGUCAGCUUUAAGACAGUUUGUACACUGUUCUUCCCUGGCGCAUUAAAUAAAGUACUUUGUAGUUGGUAACCUGCCUGGGGUCCUGAGUCUCUUUGAGUAGCGGAGAAGAAAUCCACUACAUUGAAGAAACUUUCGUUUUUCUCU